AUGCAUAAUGAGAUGUACUCCAUGAAGAAGAAUCUCUCGGAGUUGCUAGCAGGUGCUACGAUUCGUUUUUCGAAGUAUGGUUGGCUGUUGCUAGUGUCGAAAGACAUGAAAACUCCAUUCUUCUACAAUCCGUUCAGAAAAGUGAUGAUUCGACUUCCUGAUUUUCCUGAUGUCAAACACAGGUUAUACUUGAGUGGUAUGUCAUUCUCAUCUUCACCUACUUCUCCAGACUGUGUGGUUUUUGCGGUCGAACAAAUUAUUGGUGAUUUAAUCUCAAUCUACGCCAUUAAAAGAGGAAGUUGUUAUUGGAUGUCUCGUGUCCGUUUAAACAUUGGCGAUUCUUUUGUGCCAUGUUUCAACAAUCCAGUGUUCUUCCAGGGAGAUUUCUUUUGCCUAGAUUACAACGGAACUUUAGGAUGCUGUGUUGUUCAUGGUGAAGACAAGUUCGAUGCUCUGGGUUGGGUAGUUGACAGCGAGCACUUAAAACAGUUUAAUGGAACAUUCCCCAGUUACCUGGUCGAAUGCAAUGGACAACUUUUAGCAGUGAAUGUUGGGUGUUUCGGAGGAACGGUUGGGGUGUUUAGUCUGGAUUGGGCGAAGAAGGUCUGGGUUAAAGUUAAAAAUUUGGGGGAACAUAUGUUGUUCAUCAGCAAUACAUCUAGCUUCUCAGCAAUGGCUCCUCCAAAUAGUCGAAUGGAGAACAAAAUUUACUUCCCGAGGUUACAAAAAGAUGGAAGAGGGUUAUUAUUUUAUUCUCUCGACACAGGUAUGUAUCAUUAUUCUCAUGGAAGUCGAGCACAACAAAGUAAUACUGAUACUGCUACAGAUUUCUAUGACACCAAGGAGAUGUGCAAUAGCACUUGGAUUGAACCUGACUGGUCACAAAGCACUCCAACUACUUAUGAAAAUCACUUCAAUUUGUCUGCUUAA